AUGUCUACAGCAGUUCGAAUUUGUAUCUGCGGCGACGAGGGGACGGGCAAGUCAAGUCUUAUCGCUACCUUCGUCAAGGAUACCUUCGUCUCCAACAAAAUACAAGCCGUCCUGCCCCAGAUUACCAUCCCUCCAACGCCCGGCCACGAGAAUGUCACCACCACCCUCGUCGAUACCUCAGCACGACCCCAAGACCGAACCACACUCCGGAGAGAGAUCCGAAAAUGCACCGUGAUCAUGCUGGUCUACUCGGACCACUACAGCUACGAACGUGUUGCCCUCUUCUGGAUGCCUUACUUUCGCUCCCUCGGCGUCAACGUCCCCGUCGUUUUAUGCGCCAACAAGUCAGAUCUUACCGGUGAUGGGAACACAGCGCAGGUGCUUGAGGAGGAAAUGCUACCAGUCAUGGCCGAGUUUAGGGAGAUCGAUUCUUGCAUACGUACAAGCGCAAAGGAGGGACGAAACGUAGUUGAGGUCUUUUGGUUAUGUCAGAAGGCCGUGACACAUCCAAUAGCCCCGCUGUACGACCAUAAAGAAAGCCAACUCAAACCAGCCUGCGUUGACGCCUUGAGGAGGGUCUUCUAUCUGUGCGACAGGGAUCAAGACGGUUAUCUCAACGAUAAGGAGAUGCACGAUUUCCAGGCAAAGUCGUUCGAUAAGCCGCUGCUCCCAGGAGAGCUGGAGAACCUCAAGGCUGUUGUCAGCAAAGCCGUACCAACUUGUGACAUAAGCAAGGGGCUGGAUUUACAAUGCUUCUUGCAGCUGAACAAGCUUUACGCUGAGAAGGGUCGCCAUGAGACCAUUUGGAUUAUUCUCCGAAAACACCAUUACACUGACAGUUUAAGUUUGGAGGAUGGCUUUUUACAACCGAAGCUGGACGUGCCAGAAUAUGCCUCGACUGAGCUCAGUCCAGCUGGCUACCGUUUUUUCAUGGAUCUCUUCUUGAUCUUUGAUAAGGACAACGACGGAGGUCUCAACGACCAGGAGCUGGCAGCCUUGUUCGCUCCCACCCCUGGAUUACCACCAUCAUGGGUGGAAACAUCGUUCCCAUCCUCCACUGUCCGGAACGAGGCCGGGCACAUCACGCUUCAGGGAUGGCUGGCACAAUGGAGCAUGACCACGUUCCUAGAACCAAAAACAACACUCGAAUAUCUUGCCUACCUAGGCUUUGAGGGUCCAAACGCCCGGGACUCAACCACAGCAGCCCUCAAAAUCACCAAACCCCGCAAACGAAGGCGCAGACCAGGCCGUGUAGACCGCAACGUCGUCCUCUGCUACAUCCUAGGCUCCUCUGCCUCUGGGAAAUCAACCCUGCUCAACGCCUUCCUCAACCGCCCCUUUGACGCCCUUUACCAUCCCACCAUCAAACCCCGCCGCGCAGUCAACAGCGUCGAACUGGGAGGUGGAAAGCAAUGCUACCUCAUCCUCGAGGAACUCGGCGAGCUCGAGCCUGCCAUCUUGGAAAACCAAGCCAAACUCGACGCGUGCGAUCUCAUCUGCUACGCUUAUGACUCUUCCGACCCGGACUCUUUUUCUCACAUUGUCGAGUUGCGCAAACGGUACCCGCAGCUUGACGAACUGCCUGCUAUAUACACGGCGCUCAAGGCCGACUGCGACAAGACGACGCAAAGGAGCGAGCUGCAGCCUGAUGCGUAUACCGCGGCGCUGAAUAUGUCUGCGCCGCUGCAUGUGAGUGUUACGUGGCAUAGUAUCAGUGAGCUGUUUGUUGCGCUGGCCGAGGCGGCGACGAACCCGAGUACUGCGUUUCCGAAGACGGAGGAGGCGCCGGAUCGGACGAGCUUGUAUAUGGCGUUGGGCGCGACGACUUGCGCGGCGUUGGCGGCGUUUAUGAUUUGGAGGAGGUCGACAAGUUCGAUGUGA